AUUGAACUCUCCAAGGAGCAGCUGGUGUCCACAGAGAGGAAGAUCAGAUGCGAGUUCAACAAGCUCCACCAGUUCCUGAGAGAGGAAGAGGAGUCCAGACUGGCAGCUCUGAGGGAGGAAGAGGAGCAGAGGGGGAAGACUAUCAGCAGAAAGAUGAAGAUGAUUGAGGAGCAGAUCUCCUCUCUGUCAGAAAGCAUCUCUGCUGUUGAAGAAGACCUGCAGAAAGACAACGUGUCGUUCCUCAGCAGUUAUAAAGCCACUCAGACCAGAGCCAGAGUCCAGAGCUCACUGACAGAUCCACAGCUGGUCUCAGGAGCGCUGAUAGAUGUGGCCAAACACCUGGGGAACCUAUCCUUCAGAGUCUGGGAGAAGAUGAAGGACCAGGUACACUUCAGUCCUGUCAUUCUGGACCCCAACACUGCAGCCUACAGCCUCUAUCUGUCUGAUGAUCUGACCAGUGUGAGACGUGGAGACACAAACCAGCAGCUUCCUGAGAAUCCAGAGAGAUUCACUGAGUAUGCAGAAGUUCUGGGCUCUGAGGGCUUCAGCUCAGGGAAACACAGCUGGGAGGUGGAGGUGGGAGACCAUCCUUACUGGCUUGUAGGAUUGGUAAAAGAGUCAGUUGACAGGAAGGGAGAGAGAGGUGUUUCACCGAAAGAUGGAGUCUGGUGUUUAGUUCAUCGCAGUGGAAAAUACACUAAUGGAGCUGGUCAGACUGUCAGAGUGAAGAAGAGUCUCCAGAGGAUCAGAGUCCAGCUGGACUACGACAGGGGGGACGUGUCCUUCUACAACCCUGAAGACACGACUCACAUCUACACUCACAGAGACACUUUCACUGAGAAACUCUUCCCAUGGUUUUGUCUUGGAAAGUCUGGUGACGCUAAAACUGCUGAUAUCAAAAUCUGUCAAACUGAUGUUUCUCUGUGAUGUUCAGUGAAGGUGGUGAAGUCAAAGUGAUUCAUCAGCAUGUUUAUUAUAGUUUUUUUGUUGUAGUAUUCUAUUAUAUUCUGUAAAAUAUAUCUGUAAAUAUAUUUUACAAAAUAUAUUAUAUUACAAAAUGAGAAAUUUAAGGUUAAAUGAGCAGAAGUGUGUGUGAGGGAUAAUGUAAAUAGUGUUUUUGGUGUAAACAUCCUUCAAGUACAGAUGAGUAGAUUCACUGUGAUCAUUUAUUUUAACUACUUUUUUUCCAAACAGCAACAACAUUAAGUUCAGGCUUUAGUUUUAAAUCACGUCACCACAUAAAGCCUCAUCUCACCUUAUUGAUCUUUAACAUUAAACGUGUUCUUCAUUGUUUCUUUAUAGUAAACUGCUCAGUUUACAAGGGCAAAGGCCACAUGCACGAACAAAAGUAGGUUACUAUUACUAAUGCCUGCCCUCACAUGACCCGCUCGGGCCUGAGCCAGAGUCCAAACAGUCGAUGAGCUCGUCCAGGAAGGAGGGCGGCUUCUUCUCCUGGUCGCCCCACUGCAGACACUUCUUCUCGGCCCAGGCCGCCGAGUCGUCCGUGAACGGCCGCUCCUGGUGCCGCGCUAACACGUGAGCCGCGCUCUAGAGCCCCUGCAAGUGUCUGCGGUCAGACACCAAUCAAAGUUACCACAAAGGAAAAAUGCCCCCUAAAUUAAAUGUGGAGGAGCUAAGUUCAAGCCGGCGCUGAAGCUAUUUAAGUGUUGAGUAUUGUGUCUGAUAAUAUUCUACUAACCCAUUGCAUUAGCAUUUCAUUUUACUUUAUUUUAUUACUUGUGCACUGUUGUCUUGUCUGUCUACUGUCGCGCACUAACCGCCAAGACAAAUUCCUUGUAUGUUUGGCAUAUUUUGGCUAAUAAAUGUUUCCUGAUUCCUGAUUCCUGAUAACAGAUUAACUGACUGUAGUCAAAAGAUGAGAGAAAAUUACAAAUAUAAGCAAACUCCACUAACGCCAAAAAGUAUGUGGUGACAGAAAAUGUUUAA